AGAGAGAGAGAGAGAGAGAGAGAGAGAGAGAGAGAGAGAGAGAGAGAGAGAGAGAGAGAGAGAGAGAGUGUUGUAUAUGAAUAAGAUAUAUUAGUUAUAGCGCGCCCUUUCAGAAGUUACUAAUGCGUUGUUAUUGUCAAUAAAUCUUUCCCAAGCUUGAUCUCAGUCACAACUAUGGAUCUUGGACAGCCUGUAGAGGAAAACUACGCUAAUCCAAACACUUGCUUAUUUCAUGUUCUCUUCAAGGCUGCGGCUUUGGCAUUUUACAUUCUCUCUACCCUCUUUAUUGAUAACUUUGUCAUCAUUUUCGUGAUUACUGUCCUUCUAGCCGCUCUUGAUUUUUGGGUAGUCAAGAAUGUGAGUGGGAGAAUUUUAGUUGGUUUACGGUGGUGGAAUGAAAUAAAUGAUCUGGGUGAGAGUGUUUGGAGAUUUGAGUGUCUUGAUCAAGAGUCACUGGCCCGGAUCAACAAGAAAGAUUCAUGGCUUUUCUGGUGGACACUUUACCUUACAGCAGUUGCGUGGACCCUGAUGGCAAUAUUCUCACUAAUAAAGCUGCAAGCUGAUUACCUCCUAGUUGUUGGAGUUUGUUUAACCCUUAGUGUUGCAAAUAUUAUUGGUUUUACCAAAUGCCAAAAAGAUGCUAAGAAACGGAUUCAACAAUUUGCCACCCAAACAAUUGCUUCACGGGUCACAUCUACAUUACAAUCAGCAUUCAGUGUUGUUUGAGGAAUCUUUUACCCCUACGUCAGUUGCAGAAGAAAACUCUGCAGAGGAAAUUCUUAUCUCAAAAUCACAUAUGAUGACUCGAGGAUGACUUUAUAUAGAAUGUAUGGAUUUAGUGAACUCCCUGUUCUCCAAGGAAAAGUAUAGAAUACUUAGAGUAAUAAAGAGUCUGAAAGAGGAGAGGUAGCCCUCGCCCAGUCCUGCAACCAGCUAGAUGACUCAAUGGCUACAGUAUUAGGUAAAUUGCAUUGACUGUGUGCCAGCACAUGCAAAAUUUUGUAGCUUCCACUGUAGUGGCUAUGACUAUUAUUGUCAAAUGACAAGCCAAAAUAAUUAC